UGUGCGACAAGCGGUGUGUUUUAAGUCGUGGACUGUGUGAGGCGGUCUAAGUUUGUGUCGUAAUCUGCGGUUUUAUUGCAGAAAAAUAUUAAUAUGAGUAGAAUUGUAUUUCUGUCCAAAUGUGUUCACAUCGCACAGCGGCUCUUUGCUUAUCCCGCGAAGCAUUCUGGGAAACGAGUCCUUUUACAACGGCGGAACUUUAAGACGCAUUCACGGAACCUCGUUUAUGUCAAAGACCUGUUUCUCGGUCAAAUCAACAAGGCUGAAGUUUUCCCGUAUCCAGAAAUUAGAAAUGAAGAACUGGAGGAGCUCACUCAGCUUGUCAAACGGGUGGAGAAAUUCUUCAGUGAGGAAGUUGAUUCACAAAAGAUUGAUCGUGGAGCCAGAAUCCCUCUAGAGACCCUGAACAGACUGAAAGAGCUCGGCCUCUUUGGAAUCCAGAUUCCUAAGGAGUAUGGUGGCCUCGGGCUUCCCACCACCCUAUUUGCUCGACUUGCAGAGAUUAUUGGAACGGACGCCUCUAUUACCAUCACACUCGCUGCACAUCAAGCCACUGUUCUGAAGGGCUUUCUGAUUGCAGGAAAUGAAGCCCAGAAUCAGAAGUAUCUGCCCAAACUGGCGUCUGGAGAACACAUUGCAGCUUUCUGUCUCACAGAACCUGGAAGUUCAGGAGGUGUGGCCUCCUUUCAGACUCGUGCCAUUUUGUCAGAAGAUGGAAAGCAUUAUCUCCUCACUGGCUCUAAGAUUUGGGUUUCAAAUGGAGGGAUGGCAGAUAUCAUGACAGUGUUUGCCAGCACAGACGUGGUUGAAGAUGGUGUCAAAAAAGAUGAGGUUUCCGCUUUUAUUGUGGAGAGAGGUUUUGGAGGUGUCACGAGCGGCAAACCAGAGGACAAACUGGGUGUCCGGGGCUCCAACACUUGUGAAGUGUCUUUUGACAAUGUCCCAGUGCCAGUGGAGAACGUUCUAGGAGAAGUAGGAGAUGGACUAAAGAUUGCUAUUAGCGUUCUCAACUCAGCGAGGUUCUGUAUGGGCAGUGCAACAGCUGGAAUGAUUAAAAAACUGAUAGAAAUGACAGCAGAAUACGUUAAUACCAGGAAGCAAUUGGGUAAAAGUCUGAGUGAGUUCGGUAUGAUUCAGGAGAAGUUUGCACUGAUGGCCCUCAAUGUCUUUGUGAUGGAGAGCAUGGUGUACCUGACUGCUGGAAUGAUGGACAGACCCGGGCUCCAGGACUGCUCUCUGGAGGCUGCCAUGGUUAAGGUUUUCAGCUCUGAGGCAGGCUGGAAUUGUGUCAGUGAAACUCUUCAAGUCCUCGGUGGUGUGAGUUAUACCAAGAACUACCCAUAUGAGCGCUACAUCAGGGACUGUCGCAUCCUGCCCAUUUUUGAGGGGCCCAAUGAACCCCUAAAAAUGUCCAUUGCUGUAACAGGGAUGCAACAUACUGGCAACAUUAUGACAGAAAAAAUAAGGAAGAUGAUUAAAGGGAAUCUGAGUCUUGUCCUGAGCACUGUGGGCAAAAAACUGAGGAUAUCUCUCGGAGGUAAAGUUGACCUUGGCCUCACUGGAAAAAACGGCGCGGUGCAUCCCAGUUUAACAGAAAGUGCAAAGAAAUUUGAACAGAAUGUCCACUUGUUUGGAUUAACUGUGGAAGGUCUUCUGCGCACGUAUGGACAGACAAUAUUGGAGGAACACCUCAUCUUGAAGAGGGUAGCAGAUGUGUCGAUUAAUCUUUACGCCAUGACAGCAGUCCUCUCCAGAGCCAGCCGCUCCAUCAACAUUGGCCUCGGGAAUCAUGACCGUGACGUGCUGCUCGCAAACACAUUUUGCAGUGAUGCCUUCUUUAAGAACAAUUACUUGAUGACUCAACUGCAAAAAUGCUCGCCUCAGAACGACGACGGCAUCAUCAAGGAGAUCGGCAGCGACGUCCUGGAGAAGAGAACCUACAUCUGCUCUCACCCUUUGGACAGAACAUUCUGAACCAUGUGACCAGAAAUAAUGGCACUCCUGGGCUCUGAUUGGAUGAUAUGAAGAAGACUGUCACUUCCUGUUGAGUCUUUGUGGUUUUGACUGUUGUAUCAGGACCACCAGCUACUUUACAUCAAAGCAGGAUUCAACAUUAUUUGUAUGUUUGAUUUACAAAUGACAUAAUUUACUGUUUUUAUUACUGACUGCGGCUUGAA